CAGCCAUUUUGUCAACUUCUCAUUUUCACUUAAAUCUCGUCAUGGCGUCCCGAAAGAGGAAUUCUAGUAUUUGGAAGGACAUUAAUAAUUUUGUCUUGCGCGAUAAAAAUCAAGACGCUUCCAACGACGACAUUGUGCAGGUGCCUUUGGAGGAACGCUCCGAGGUCCCAAAGGGAUUUUUCGAGAACUGCAUUCCUGGGACCAGUGCGAGCAAUGCAAUUGUUGGUCGCAAAGAGAAUGCACCAUGUAGUUGCCACAAAUUGAAGUGCAAGCGAGCUAAAUUGGAGAAGAAAAAGAAGGGAGAGAUUGCGGCCCCAUCAGCACCCAUGGCCUGCGAUAAAGGUACCCAAACGGAUGAACCGGAGCUUGUGGAGCUGGAGCAGAUGGAUCAGGAGACCGUCCCAGUAAUGAAGCCUCAAAUCUUUUUGGUCUAGAAAUGGGACUCAACUUUGUAAGGCAUGAAAAAUA